AUAUAUGUGGAACAUUUCAGCCGUAAAUAAAUUAUAAAUGUUAGCUAGAUUAUGUUCAUUACCUGUCUAGCGAUGUAUGUUUAUGCUGAAAUAUAAUAAAAUAAUGGUUUGUAUUUUUAAAAACAUCUAUCGUGCGUCGUUACGUGUAGUGAGUUGGCUCAAGUGAUUCAAGUUUCGCGCUUCAGAACUUCCGUUAAGGGAGCAUAGUGAGCAUCGAUGCUCUCUGGUUUUCACGGUGCAUUGUGGGACUUUUUAGGGAGCGAACGUUUCAGUGCACUGGAAAGAUUCUGCGAUUGAGACAGCCCCUAAAACGGCCGACUCCCUGGUCAGUGCCCUGACUACUAAACUAGGGAGCUGAUUGAGACACACCCCAAGAAAACAAAAGAGAUACGUUAAGUUUCAGUUUCGAUUCCAGAAGAAAAUUGUUGACAUGAUGUCGGCAUUAUAUGAGGAUAUCGUGAAGUUCGUCGCGAAUAAUCUUAAAUGCUUAAUAUGUUUUAAUAUUUUUACAAAGCCAGUUACGCUAAUUUGUGGGCAUAACUAUUGUCAGAAGUGCAUCAAUGAAUGUUGGGCACGUAGCGGCGCAAAGAGAGAUUGCCCACAGUGCCGGGCAGAUAUAAGCAGUACUAAACUAAAAAUUAACUUCACUCUGUGCGACAUACUGGAAUUACAGGAGCUUGGUGGUCGCGAGAGGUGGGAGCAGAUUCUAGCAGAAACAGAUCAAGACUAUAACCCACAACACGCUGGGAGAACUAAAGCGGAUAGUUUAAUAAAACAUCUGGAUUGGUUAAAAGCUGAGAUCGAAAAGACAGAAGAUUUACUUUCAGCUGAACUGAAUUCAACUCAGCCUCGUGAGGAUGGGUUUGGCAUUUAUGAUUCCUCAACUGUUUCGAUGGAUGUAACCAGUUCAUCUAUAGACAGUGAUGCUUCAAGUUAUGCUGACAGAAGUUUUAGUCUGACAUCAGGCGAUCAUCAGGAACAACCUUCUCAGUACAGUACAGAGGAGAGUUCACAGGAGUUUGUCGAAGAGGAUCCAGAGAAUUCAGACUCUCUGUUUGAGGAUGCUCGACUUACUCCCAGUGCAGGAGCACAGCAUUGUAACAGUGACGGUGCUGAGGCUGCUCUUCAGGCAAAGUUUGUUGAGCUUUCCUUCUCUCCCCAGCUGGGAAACAGAAGGCUGGUUUUUCAUACAGAGCGCCGUACUGUGGAAACACAACUGGGGCAACAAGGAAGAACUUCACAUGGCCGUUUUGAUGCCUGUCAGUGGAUGGCUGAGCAGGAAUUCACAGGAGGGUGGUUUUACUGGGAUGUGGACACCACAUUCAGCACUGGAUGGGCUGUUGGGGUGGCAUAUCCCAAUCUGAUGCGUAACGAGAGAUUGGGAAGGACUUCUUCAUCUUGGUGUUUGGAGUGGAGCAGUAGGCAACUGAGUGCUUGUCACAACAAUAUAAAGACCCCUGUAAAGCAUAGUGUCCCUAAUGGGAUCAGAGUCAUUCUGGACAUGGCAAAAGGACAGUUGUGCUUUCAGGGUCUGGAUGAUAGCCUGCUUGAAUUACACAGUUUCCAGGUGAAUUUCUCUGGCCCUGUCAGACCUGUCUUCUGGCUUUAUGGAUUGUCACAAAAUGCCUUAACCUUUCCUAGACAUUGAGUGUAGGAUAAAAUUGAUCCAUAGAAUUUACAAUAGCUUAUACAUUCCAUUUUGCUUGCAGAGUAUAUAUCCUAUUUCUAUUGAAAAAAAAAAAAAAGUUAUGAAUUGUAUUUAACUUUUUUCAAUACCUAUGUAAUCUCAUUUGGCUUUCUGGCAUUUAACCCUUUAACUACACCACCAUAAAUAUUCUAGGACCAAAAAAUGUCCUUUUUUUGCCUUGUUCUGCCAGCUUCAUUUCUCUUCCACUGUCCCAGAUUAAAAUGAAUAAAUAAGCUUAAACCUUAAAAA